AUGGACACACAAGCAGGAAUAUCUCAGAAGGACAUCUAAUGUUAUCCCCGGAUUGUGACAUAAAAGAUAAUGACAGUAGACCGGAUUCUCCAGGAGAUAACCCCAUUACCCCAAUGAUACAUCCAGCUCUAUCAGCUGGUCCUUCUGAUCCUGGGAAGUGUUCUCCUGAUCACUCUGAUAUUGGUGCAUCUGUUACAGCUCUGACAGUAGAUACAGUGUUUCCCUGUUCUGUAGAUACCAAAUGUUUUACACAGAACACAAAGCCUAUUAACCCACACACAGGUAAGGCAGGUGGAAGGCCACUGAUAUGUUCAGAGUGUGGGAAAUGUUUUACAUACAAAUCACAUCUUGUUAUACAUCAGAGAAGUCACACAGGUGAGAGGCCACUGACAUGUUCUGAGUGUGGGAAAUGUUUUGCACGGAAAUCACAUCUUGUUAUGCAUCAGAGAAGUCACACAGGUGAGAAGCCGUUUCCAUGUUCUGAGUGUGGGAAAUGUUUUGCACACAAACUAUAUCUUGUUAGACAUCAGAGGAGACACACAGGUGUGAAGCCAUUUUCUUGCUCUGAGUGUGGGAAAUGUUUUACACAGAAAUCACAACUUGUUACACAUCAGCAAAUUCACACAGGUGAGAAUCUGUUUUCUUGCUCUGAGUGUACGAAAUGUUUUACACGGAAAUCAGAUCUUAUUACACAUCAGCGAAGUCACACUGGUGAGCAGCCAUUUCCAUGUUCUGAGUGUGGGAAAUGUUUUGCAGACAAAUCAAAUCUUACUAAACAUGAAAGAAGUCACACAGGUGAGAAGACAUUUUCAUGCUCCGAGUGUGGGAAAUGUUUUACACGGAAAUCACAUCUUGUUACACAUCAGCAAAGUCACACAGGUGAGAAGCCAUUUCCAUGUUCUGAGUGUGGGAAAUGUUUUGCACACAAACCAGAUCUUGUUAGACAUCAGAGAAAUCACACAGGUGAGAAGCAAUUUUCUUGCUCUGAGUGUGGGAAAUGUUGUUUAAGUAAAUCACAUCUUGUUACACAUCAGAGAAGUCACACAGGUGUGAAGCCAUUUUCUUGCUGUGAGUGUGGGAAAUGUUUUACACGGAAAUCAAAUCUGGUUAGACAUAACAGAAGUCACACAGGUGAGAAGCCAUUUUCUUGCUCUGAGUGUGGGAAAUGUUUUACACAGAAAUCACAUCUUGUUAUACAUCAGAGGAGUCACACAGGUGAGAAUCUGUUUUCUUGCUCUGAGUGUACGAAAUGUUUUACACGGAAAUCAGAUCUUAUUACACAUCAGCGAAGUCACACAGGUGAGAAGCAAUUUUCUUGCUCUGAGUGUGGGAAAUGUUGUUUAAGUAAAUCAGAUCUUGUUAGACAUCAGAGAAGUCACACAGGUGAGAAGCCAUUUUCUUGCUCUGAGUGUGGGAAAUGUUUUGCAUGGAAAUCAAAUCUUGUUAAACAUCAGAGAAGUCACACAGGUGAGAGGCCAUUUCCAUGUUCUGAGUGUGGGAAAUGUUUUGCACGGAAAUCAGUUCUUGUUAUACAUCAGAGAAGUCACACAGGUGAGAAGCCAUUUCCAUGUUUUGAGUGUGGGAAAUGUUUUGCACGGAAAUCAGUUCUUGUUAUACAUCAGAGAAGUCACACAAGUGAGAAGCCAUUUCCAUGUUCUGAGUGCGGGAAAUGUUUUGCACACAAAUCAGAUCUGGUUAGACAUAACAGAAGUCACACAGGUGUGAAUACAUUUUCUUGCUCUGAGUGCGGGAAAUCUUUUGCACACAAAUCAGAUCUGGUUAGACAUAACAGAAGUCACACAGGUGAGAAGCCAUUUUCUUGCUCUGAGUGUGGGAAAUGUUUUGCAUGGAAAGCAGAUCUUGUUAAACAUCAGAGAAGUCACACAGGUGAGAAGCCAUUUUCCUGUUCUGAGUGUGGGAAAUGUUUUGCACGGAAAUUAGAUCUUAUUACACAUCAGAGAAGUCACACAGGUGAGAAGCCAUUUCCAUGUUUUGAGUGUGGGAAAUGUUUUGCACACAAAUCAGAUCUGGUUAGACAUAACAAGUCACACAGGUGAGAAGCCAUUUUCUUGCUCUGAGUGCGGGAAAUGUUUUACACAGAAAUCACAUCUUGUUACACAUCAGCGAAGUCACACACGCAUUUCCAUACUCUGAGAAAUAAGCUUUUGUUGCACACAAUGGCCCUCAUUCCGAGUUGAUCGCUCGCAAGGCGAUUUUAGCAGAGUUACACACGCUAAGCCGCCGCCUACUGGGAGUGAAUCUAAACUUCUUAAAUGUGCGACCGAUGUAUUCGCAAUAUUGCGAUCAAAACCGAGUUAGCAGUUUCUGAGUAACUCCAGACUUACUCUGCCUGUGCGAUCAAUUCAGUGCUUUUCGGUCCCGGCUGACGUCAUAAACACACCCAGCGUUCGCACAAGCACUCCCACCGUUUCUCCAGACACGCCUGCGUUUUUUCCGGAAACGGUAGCGUUUCCAGCCACACGCCCCUAAAACGCCGUACAUCCGCCCAGUAACACCCAUUUCCUGUCAAUCACAAUGCGUUCUCCGGAGCGACGAAAAAGCCGUGAGUAAAAUUACUUUCUUCUUAGUAAAGUUACUUGACGCAUGCGCAGUGCGAACAUUACGCAUGCGCACUAAGAGAAUUCUCACUGCGAUGCGAUGAAAAAUAACGAGCGAACAACUCGGAAUGAGGGCCAAUAGACCACUCAGGUGAGAAACCAUUUUGAUCUUCUUGAGUAUACUUAUCAUUGCCAUGUAAUGUUCCUCAAGAUUCUGUCCUAUCUCUUAGGCUUUUGCAAUAUACAUGCAACAGGUCCUUCUGAUAGAAGCUCACCAACAAAGGGCAGGGCUACAGCUCAGCUUUGCAAACCAACCAGACUUAAGCUUGGGGGUUCAGAGUAACAAAAUGCUGAUCAUGUGCGGAAUCUUGGGGGUAAAUUUACUAAGAUGUGAGUUCUAUUUAAGAUGGGAUGUUGCCAAUAGCAACCAAUCAGAUUUCAGGUAUUAUCUUCUAUAAGGUGCUAGAUAAAUGAGAAGUAGAAUCUGAUUGGUUGCCAUGGGCAACAUCCCAUCUUAAAUAGAACUCCCAUCUUAGUAAAUUUCCCCCUUGGUGUCCUGGAUGGUGGAGUGAUACUUGGGGGGUAUUCAACUGUUUGAAAAGUCAGGUGUUUGUUUUUUCCUAUCUACUAGACCGGAAAAAACACCCCCAACCAACUUUUCAAACAGUUGACUUCCACGCUUAGACAUCAAAUAUCAGCCACAAUCAGAUCCUCAUCUGAGGAACAUAGCCAGACUCCAGCACUUAUUUCCCUCAGAAGAUCUACCUACAGUCAUACAUGUAUUUGUAUCAUCACACAUAGACUACUGCAAUGUCCUCUACCUGGGUCUCCCAGCAAAAGAAUUGCACCGCUUGUAGCUUGUACAGAAUGCAGCAGCCAGGUUGUUACCUAACCAGCCCGUUCCUGCCACAUAACACCCAUUCUCUGCUCCCUUCACCGGCUGCCUGUAAGAUGGUGACUCUAUUACAUAAUCUUACUGACUCUCCCAGCCCUACAUGACCAGGGUCCAAGGUACCAGAAGCAGCGCCCUGUUCGGUUCCAUCUGCAGAUGAAGGACUGUAACUAGCAGUAUCAAUUCCCCAAGCAGUGCUGAGAUGUCGGGUAGGCGGCACCUUUGCAUUAGUGGGGGCUGCUGGAGCAGUGUCUACAUAGGUAAUAUUGUCUCCAAGCAGCGCUGAGGUGUCAGGGGAGACAGGGCGGAUGGCUGCAGUGCGGUACCAGGGGCUGCUGGAGGCAGUGUCUAUGUGGGUAAUCAUGUCCCAAAAAAGAGCUAAGGUGUCAGGGAGACAGCGGGUGGCAGUAGUGGAAGGAGACAGGGUGGUGGCAGUAGAGGGGUAGACAGGGCAAGUGACCGUAGUGGGGGGAUACAGGGCGGUGGCAGUAGUGUGAGAAGAUGGGGUAGUGGGAGGAGACAGGGCAGGUGGUAGUAGUGGGGGAGACGGCGAGUGGUAGUAGUGGGGGGGAGACAGGGCGGGUGGCCGCAGUGCAGUUACAUUGGCUGCUGGAGGCAGUAAAGAGGUGUAUGGGUCCCGCACAGAAUCAGUUGAUAAUUAGACUUAAUGAUUAUGCUUCCUUAUUUCUAAUGAAUCCCUUGUAUGUGUUACUGUUAUUUGCUGUGUCAGCCUUUAUGUGUGUUCUGUGUAAUAAUCCUGAAAGUAGUGCUGCUACCGAUCUCAUAUCAUUUGUAGUAACUUGGAAAAGAUGAGAUAUGAGGUGCACUCUGGAAGCUUAUAGGGGGUAAUCAGAGAUGAACGCAGAUGUGACAUCAUGCAGCCCCUGAAAAAUGGUCCUAGCCCACCCGCGUUAACCCCUCAGGGAUGUGACCGCAAUGUGCGCAUGUAUAUAUUACCACCACCAGCAAACUGUUGCGAGACGCUAUUGCGGCUGGUUCUGAAUGACCCCCAUAGGCUGUUGUGCAGAGUAAAGUAUUUUUUAAGUUUAAAAUAUAGAGAAAAAUCUGUGUAUUAAAAAUAUGAAAUAAAGUUGUUUAAAAACAAAA